AUGUCAUCUUCUAACGAUGCAAAGUCCGCAUCCGCCCCACAGAAAGACGAAACCCCUUCCAACCUCCUCAAUGACCCAUCACACAAACCAAAAGGUGCACUACCCAAGCUUAAUGACAAUACCGACCCUGGCACGCCAGACGAAAAUCAAUCGCUGGCUCAAAGAAUCCAUCACUUAUUGGCCGAGAAGCAGUCAACGGUAGGCAAAAUAAGCCACUUGAAACUCAGAAUUGAUGGGUUUGAAUUGGAGGGGGGUAAUCAGUGA